AGGGAGGAGACUAUAUAAAAUCGACCACCUCCCCGUCAUGCUUCAACUUAAAUUCAUAGUCACUCAAGAUCAUCAACACUGAUCUUGCCCUUCUCCCUCCCAUCAACCCUCUUUCAGACUGCAUAAAUCGUGACUCAUUACCGCUCACGACAUCCCAAACCAACACCAACAUGUCUCGCUACGCCGCUGCCCACGUCAAGCCCGAGGGCCCGGGUGACGCUCGCCCUACAGCUCUUCAGAUCAUCAAGGACGAAGGCGUCGAGGGCAAGCUCCAGGGCCAGGUUAUUGUCAUCACCGGCACUUCCUCCGGCAUCGGUAUUGAAACCGUCCGCGCCCUCGCCGCCACUGGCGCCACCCUCUAUCUUACAGCCCGGGACCUCGCCAAGGCCAAGUCCGCUCUCGAUGGCAUCUUUGAUCCCUCCUCCAUGGAGCUUUUCCAGAUGGACCAGGAAUCCCUUGCCUCCGUCCGCGCUGCCGCCGCUGCCAUUCUCAAUAAGACCUCUAAGAUCCAUGCCCUCGUUAAUAACGCCGGCAUCAUGGCCAUCCCCGACCUUCGCUUCACCGCCGACGGCCACGAGCUCCAGUUCGGCACAAACCACCUCUCCCACUUCCUAUUUUUCAAGCUUCUCCAGCCCGCCCUCCUCGCCGCCGCCUCGCCCGCCCUGCCCUCCCGCGUUGUUAAUGUCGCCUCCUCCGGCCAUAACCUCCACGGCAUCAACGACACCGACAACUACAACUUCCAGCGCGGCGACUACGAUCCCAACGACUCCUACGGCCAGUCUAAGACGGCAAACAUCUAUAUGGCCAAUGAGAUUGAGCGCCGCUACGGCGGUCAAAACCUGCACGCAACGAGUCUCAACCCGGGCAUCAUCCACACAGCCCUGACCAGGUUCAUGCCCCCGGACGCGUUUGCGGGGAUGGACCACAUAUAUCCGUUGAUGAAGAGCGUUGAGCAGGGUGCCGCAACGACGGUGUGGGCGACCGUCGGCAAGUCAUGGGAGCAUGAGGGCGGCAAGUACCUUGUCAACUGCGCCGUGGCGGAGCCGGGUAAGGGCGGAGAGGAUAAGAUGAUCACACCGACGUAUGCUGCCUACGCCUAUGAUGCGGAGAAGGCAGGGAGGUUGUGGAGGGACUCUCUCAAGCUUGUAGGACUGGAGGAUGAGCAGUAGGGGACGAGAGGCCGCGUACGCGAGCCCUGUGCUCUAGGGUUCGAGUUUUGGCAUGUAGGGGAAGUUGGCAUGUUAACACAAGUCCACCCCUCGCUUUUAGCUAUUCAAAGAGUAAGACAGGCUGUACUCUAUGCGGUGUAAAACCUAUACUAUGAUUAGACAGGGCUGUUAUACAAAAUC